AUGACACAAGCGGAGAGAGAACAAGAAAACGGCAAAGAGAAGGAAAAGGAGAGAGAGAAGGAGAAGGAAAAGGAACAGCGUGGUGUCAAAAGACCAAUCGCUCCACCGGUUAUCCCAGAGCCUCUUCAAGAAGUAAGUUGCAAAGCUACGUUCAAAGGGCCAAGGAUUGAUAUUUGAGAUUGGAAUACGAUCCUAUUAAAUAAUUAUAUGGGAAUAAUGUUGUUUAGUUUGCACAUAGACUGCUAUGGCAGCUACACGUUGGCUAACGUUAGCUAGCUAGCAGCUAGCCGACAACGAUUUAGAAGGAGUUGAGUGGACACUACUAGUGUUGGCGGACUGGAAUUCCAACGUCACAUAAAAUUAUUAUAAUUUUUAUCAAAAACUACUGAUUUCAGCACCCAAAGAAUAGCCCACAAUUACACACUAUGUCGUUAAGGUUACGCUGUCUUAAGUCCCCGUACUGUUUGCUUCCUUGUAAGGUCAUUAUGUCUAAACAAACAACUCCCUUCACAGCAAAUUCAGAGCAACUUUAUCGUUGUGUUACACCCUGGAUCGAAAACGUUGAGAAUUGGUAGAGCAACGGACACUCUUCCUGCGACUGUCCCACACGUCAUAGCCCGCAGACAUAAACAAACAUGCCAGCCCCGAUAUGAGGAUGCAUGGCUGGUGAGAGAAGGCCUGAAUGUGAGUCAAAAAUGACCCGAACACACACAUACACACACACUGUAACCCUUAUAAUCCUCAAAUGUCUACUCUAUCUCUCUGUACUUGUUCACUCAACAAAGAAACCAGAGAGUAAUGAACAGAGGCAGAAUGGUCUCAAAAUGGUUGACCAGGCGAUCUGGUCAAAGAAGAUGUCCAAUGGAGUACGAAGGACGCCAGUGUCUGCUGAACAGGUAGGUGUGUAGUUGUAUGUGCAGGGCUCUACAUAUAUUUACCUAUGUAGCCUGUGUGUAUGUCUGUUCUGCAGGUAAGGUGAUGCCAUGUCCCUGAUUGUGCGGGACAGUGCCAGAUUUUGGCCAUUUGUCCCGCAACGAAACAAUCAUGUCCCGCAUAUUAUCAACAAAUUAAAACACCACAAAUUUACAAAAAGAGGUAGAUUUGUCCCGUAUUUCAGCCAGACAUUCCAACCUGUCUCUUACAGUCACAUUGCGCUGUUUCUGCGUCACCAAAUUUUGCUCAAGGCAAAAAAGUAGCAUAAGUGUGCUUCAAUUAGCUCGUUCGGUGCAGGGGUGUAGUGGUGCCAGAGUAUCGCUCCGCCACUUCUCACAAUGGUACUUGUUUAGCAAAGUUAGACCAAAGCUAAAUCAAUGCCUUGGAAGAUCACAUAAUGAUUCAUUAGUAUUCUACAUGACAUAACAAAAUAUGUUGGUGUAACAUUACUGUUACAUCAAAAAACCACCGUAGUCAUUUCUUUUUAGGAUGGUUAGCUGAAUAUUCACAUAGUUUUUCUUAUACGGCCAAAACUUAACAGUGCGUGCCACUAGGCAGAAUUUGCUUGGAUUGAAACAAAAUACAGGAAGGCUAAAUAGUUUAACACUAUGUGCUCUAAUUUACUCACGGAAAAGUAAUGGAAGAAGCUCUAAAUGCAUAUUCCCAUGAAACUGAUUGAGAUCAAAUGAUUUGCAUGCAGAUGCAGUUUGGACGUUUCACAGGUAAAACCUGAAGAAUUAUCAUCAUUCACGAUUGACAGUAGUGAUGGCCUAUUUUGAAAGUAUGUAUGCCUAACUUGGUGUUUGACGGGUAUUUAAAAUAUAACAUUUUCUUGAGACAAUAUGUGUGGGCAAACAUUGCAAUUGGAGGAUGCAUAUUCUGUAAUGAUAUUCAAUAAGCUACAUCUGUCAGUACAAAUUUUUAGAAUUUAUGACAACCUUUUUGUAUUCAUGUAGGCUACACUGGCCCACGAAUGUCCCGCGUUUGGGUAUUUUAAAAGUGGUCACCCUAUCUGCAACUCAUGAUUGACCACCCUAAACAGUGGUUUGAUUGUCUGUUUGGGUGUUGUCUUGCAGGCCAGGUCUUAUAACAGACUGAUUCGACCAGCAGGUCUGGACACUAGCUCCAGGAUGAAGUGGACCAACACAGCACACCAUCCAGAGCACCUGGUGGGAGAGGAGGUGAGGGACUACAGCACACCUGGACACAAUGCAUGCAUGUUAAAGAGCAGGUUACUUUCAGAAAUUACGUUUUUAUUAUAUUAAUCCUUUGUGGAUUUGUCAAUUGUUAAUUUCUCCCUCCUCUCCUGCUCUGUUUUCUCUCCCCUCUGUCCUAAUGGCAGGCAUUGUAUGUAAACCCCACUGACUGUUACAACGUGCACUGGCCCAUCAGCAGGGGGCAGCUCAACGUGCACGGCGGUGCAGGGGGUUCUCUGACUGCUGUCCUGGCCGAUCUGGAGGCCAUCUGGAGCCACGUUAUCCAGAAACAACUGGAAAUACCCCUAAAAGACCUCAAGGUACAGGACAGACAAUGGGCUCACUUCACAGUGCCUGAUUUUUUUUUAGCGGAAAUAUUUUGUGGUAAGCUGUCAGUUUUAUUUUGUACUCUGAUCUUAUCUCCUCUUGUUUCUUUGUUUGUUUGGCAGUAUUACAGGUGUAUCCUUUUAGUCCCUGACAUCUAUAACAGGCAUCACGUCAAGGAACUAGUCAACAUGCUGCUGCUCGACAUGGGCUUUUCAGGUACAAUACACACUAAAUAGCUAACUAAAUGGCUACAUGGACUACCUGAGUUGACCUUUUGUAUUACAUUUUUUGAACUGUCUCUUUACACACUCACAGGGCCCUUCACAUUCCAACACACACAAACACUCACUUCAUCAUUUGCUCACACACAUAAUAUGCACAUACAGUGGGGAGAACAAGUAUUUGAUACACUGCCGAUUUUGCAGGUUUUCCUACUUACAAAGCAUGUAGAGGUCUGUAAUUUUUAUCAUAGGUACACUUCAACUGUGAGAGACGUAAUCUAAAACAAAAAUCCAGAAAAUCACAUUGUAUGAUUUUUAAGUAAUGAAUUUGCAUUUUAUUGCAUGACAUAAGUAUUUGAUACAUCAGAAAAGCAGAACUUAAUAUUUGGUACAGAAACCUUUGUUUGCAAUUACAGAGAUCAUACGUUUCCUGUAGGUCUUGACCAGGUUUGCACACACUGCAGCAGGGAUUUUGGCCCACUCCUCCAUACAGACCUUCUCCAGAUCCUUCAGGUUUCGGGGCUGUCGCUGGGCAAUACGGACUUUCAGCUCCCUCCAAAGAUUUUCUAUUGGGUUCAGGUCUGGAGACUGGCUAGGCCACUCCAGGACCUUGAGAUGCUUCUUACGGAGCCACUCCUUAGUUGCCCUGGCUGUGUGUUUCGGGUCGUUGUCAUGCUGGAAGACCCAGCCACGACCCAUCUUCAAUGCUCUUACUGAGGGAAUGAGGUUGUUGGCCAAGAUCUCGCGAUACAUGGCCCCAUACAUCCUCCCCUCAAUACGGUGCAGUCGUCCUGUCCCCUUUGCAGAAAAGCAUCCCCAAAUAAUGAUGUUUCCACCUCCAUGCUACACGGUUGGGAUGGUGUUCUUGGGGUUGUACUCAUCCUUCUUCAUCCUCCAAACACGGCGAGUGGAGUUUAGACCAAAAAGCUCUAUUUUUGUCUCAUCAGACCACAUGACCAUCUCCCAUUCCUCCUCUGGAUCAUCCAGAUGGUCAUUGGCAAACUUCAGACGGGCCUGGACAUGCGCUGGCUUGAGCAGGGGGACCUUGCGUGCACUGCAGGAUUUUAAUCCAUGACGGCGUAGUGUGUUACUAAUGGUUUUCUUUGAGACUGUGGUCCCAGCUCUCUUCAGGUCAUUGACCAGGUCCUGCCGUGUAGUUCUGGGCUGAUCCCUCACCUUCCUCAUGAUCAUUGAUGCCCCACGAGGUGAGAUCUUGCAUGGAGCCCCAGACCGAGGGUGAUUGACCGUCAUCUUGAACUUCUUCCAUUUUCUAAUAAUUGCGCCAACAGUUGUUGCCCUCUCACCAAGCUGCUUGCCUAUUGUCCUGUAGGCCAUCCCAGCCUUGUGCAGGUCUACAAUUUUAUCCCUGAUGUCCUUACACAGCUCUCUGGUCUUGGCCAUUGUGGAGAGGUUGGAGUCUGUUUGAUUGAGUGUGUGGACAGGUGUCUUUUAUACAGGUAACGAGUUCAAACAGGUGCAGUUAAUACAGGUAAUGAGUGGAGAACAGGAGGGCUUCUUAAAGAAAAACUAACAGGUCUGUGAGAGCCGGAAUUGUUACUGGUUGGUAGGUGAUCAAAUACUUAUGUCAUGCAAUAAAAUGCAAAUUAAUUACUUAAAAAUCAUACAAUGUGAUUUUCUGGAUUUUUGUUUUAGAUUCCAUCUCUCACAGUUGAAGUGUACCUAUGAUAAAAAUUACAGACCUCUACAUGCUUUGUAAGUAGAAAAACCUGCAAAAUCGGCAGUGUAUCAAAUACUUGUUCUCCCCACUGUACAUUUAUACUGACUCUACACACGCACACACACUCAAAUACAAUCAUCAUAUACGCUGCUGUUACUCUCUUUAUCAUAUAUCCUGAUGCCUAGUCACCUUACCCCUAUACAUAUCUAGCACAUACUCGUAUCCGUAAGUUGACAUUUUUAAUAGUCGGAUUGGAUGAUACUCGUGAUCUGAAAAAAGGUGCUUUAAUAUGCCUAAGUAGAUGUUGGCAAUAUACCUCCCUUCAUGUUCUCACUGCAAAAAAAAGCUGCAGAUUAGGAGCAGCGGGAGGAGAUGUCUGUGUGUCCUCAACUUGCAGCAGGCAGCCACGUUUGCUGUCACUCAGUCAGAAUGCUCAUCAGCGUUUCUUCUUCUUUCCGUACUCUUGCCCGCUUGUUAGAUAUUAUGCACAUUGAUAGCUUUAUAGCAAACGUCCUCACCAUGUGAUUUAUCGUAGUAGCAGCCAGGCAGCAGCAGUCUAAAUGAUCAGACCGAAAACUGAUCGGGUGAAAUCAUAGAGGGUGAAAUUAUGAAGCGAGUGGACGGAGGAAUACGGCUUCACUCUAUCCAAUCAGAGCAGCAGGAUCAACGUACAGCCCGCCCUUCUCUUUAAAGACAGCCAGUGGAGUUAUUUAGACCAUGUAGAAACUCGAACAUGACUGACUGACAUGAGAAAGCUGCGUGCUGGCACCGGAAAAUAACUUUUUUCCCCAUCACGGAUAAUUACACAAAUACUUGGACCUGAAUUUUAUCCAGAAAAUUGCCCAUAUCCGUUACGAUACUCAUUUCCUCUGACUAUUUGGCACACCCCUAGUAAAUAUGGUACUGGAACUGACCCUGUAUAUAGUAUGCUUGCUUACUUUUUCGUGUUCUUUUUAUUUAUAUUUCUUGUUUUAGUUCUACCUUGUUAUUUUUUGUAUUACAUUGUUAUUGAUUACUGCAUUGUUGGGCUUAGAGCUAGCAAGAAAUGCAUUUAGCUGUAUUUGUGCAUGUGACAUUGAAACUUGAAACACAAACUGAUUCUCUCUCCUUGGUCUGCAGCGAUCGUAGUCCACCAGGAGUCUGUGUGUGCUACCUUCGGCAGUGGCUUGAGCAGUGCCUGUGUGGUGGAUGUGGGCGACCAGAAGACCAGUCUAUGCUGUGUGGAGGACGGAGUGUCUCACCGCAACUCCAGGUGUGUAGAAGUGUGCAACCCCUCCCUGGUUGUCUGUGAAGGUUUUGAACUGAAGUGUACACACUAGGUUUGAACUUCCCACUGAGGAAUUGAACGGUGCACAGUAGGGGCUUAUCCGGAAAUAAAAAUGUAUCGGUAACUUUAUUAGUGUGGUAAUAAAGAUGCUCUGUGUACGUGUGUCUGUCCUCCUGCAGGCUGUGUCUGGCAUACGGGGGCGCUGAUGUCACCCGCUGUUUCUUCUGGCUCCUGCAGAGGGCGGGCUUCCCCUACAGGGAGUGUCAGCUCUCCAACAGGGUGGACUGCAUCCUGCUGCAGCAGCUCAAAGAGACCUUCUGCCAUCUGGACCAGGUACUGAAACAGCACCUGACAUCUGGGUCAUAUUUAUAAGGCAUCAAACGGAAGAAAACAGCCUGAAAUAGGGAGGAGCUUCCGUAACUUUUCCAAUAAGAAACCGUUAUUUUAGUUUCUGCUAUGGUGUGCCCUAAUAACUAAGACCCUGGUGCACUCUUCAACGUAAGCAGUCUCCAACCCUGGUCUUGAAGUGCUAACUGUAUGGUCCAGGCUUUUAUUUCAGCCCAUCAUUAACAUGCCAGUUUCAAAUAGCCAACUAAUUAAUCAUUAUCUUCCAUCUGGGCUGUAAGGCUGUAGCUGAAUAAGGUGUGUUACUGAGGAAGGGGAACGUAGGAAUGAAAGGAGAUGGAUACCCCUUUUCUACAUGCUCAGCUCAUUUGGAUGGAUUUUUCAUUCACCUUUUUCUCCAGGACAUCUCUGGGCUACAAGACCACGAGUUCCGCACCCGUUUCCCAGAGUCCCCUGCACUUCUUUACCAGAUUCGACUUGGUGAUGAGAAACUGCAGGUAUGCAUACACACCUAGUCAGGGAAGGGCUGUCAGUGGGAAAGCGGAUGAUGAUGGUGGUUAUGAAGCCCAAUUUUGAUAUUGAAGAUGACUAUAAUAAAGAUGACAUUAUAAAUGCUGUCACAAUGUGUUGUUUGUGUACGCCAGGCUCCUAUGGCCCUGUUCUACCCCACCACGUUUGGGAUAGUGGGCCAGAAGAUGACGACCUUGCAGCACAGAUCUCAGGGUGACCCAGAGGACCCACACGAUGAACACUACCUACUGGGAACCCAGAGCAAGCAGGACCAGGUAAGAUAAGAACACCUAACUCAUCAUACUAGAACUAUCUGAUUGGUACUACUAUCUGAUUGGCUGAUACUCCCCCUCUCUGUUUCCACCUCUCCCUUUAUUUUCCUCCUCGCUCCCUCCAUCUCAUCCUCCUCUCUCCCUCCCUCCAUCUCAUCCUCCUCUCUCUCCCUCCCUCCAUCUCAUCCUCCUCUCUCUCCCUCCCUCCAUCUCAUCCUCCUCUCUCUCCCUCCCUCCAUCUCAUCCUCCUCUCUCUCCCUCCCUCCAUCUCAUCCUCCUCUCUCUCCCUCCCUCCAUCUCAUCCUCCUCUCUCUCCCUCCCUCCCUCUCAUCCUCCUCUCUCUCCCUCCCUCCAUCUCAUCCUCCUCUCUCUCCCUCCCUCCAUCUCAUCCUCCUCUCUCUCCCUCCCUCCAUCUCAUCCUCCUCUCUCUGCCUCCCUCCAUCUCAUCCUCCUCUCUCUGCCUCCCUCCAUCUCAUCCUCCUCUUUCUCCCUCCCUCCAUCUCAUCCUCCUCUCUCUGCCUCCCUCCAUCUCAUCCUCCUCUCUCUCCCUCCCUCCAUCUCAUCCUCCUUCCUCCUCUCUGCCUCCCUCCAUCUCAUCCUCCUCUCUCUCCCUCCCUCCCUCCCAUCCUCCUCUCUCUCCCUCCCUCCCUCCCAUCCUCCUCUCUCUCCCUCCCUCCCUCCUCCCUCCCUCCAUCUCAUCCUCCUCUCUCCCUUAUUGUGCUCAGUCCUCUAAAGCCUCAGCAGAGCGUAAGUCCCUUCCCAAGCCGCCUGGGUUCGAGGGGGAGUUUAGCAGCCAGGGUGGGGACCCCUCAGAACGUGGAGGUGGUGCCCAUGGCCAGGAUGUGGAGCUGGGACACUCUCAGAACGACUGCCUGAUGGGAGGAGCAGAGAUGGAGGAGCCUCCCUCAGCACUCCUCUCCAGGAAGACUGCCAUGACCCAGUUUGAGGGCAAAGCGCUGGGCUUGGAUAAAGCCAUCCUGCACAGCAUCGACUGCUGUGGUAAGCAAAACACCCUGCUUCAAAACUCUGUACUAUAAUACAGGAUCUUGUUUUAUUCUGCCAUAAACAUGAGGUAACAUACACUAAAUAAUAAACAUAAGAUAUAGACAACAUUAUUGGUCAUGAUAUUCAUUAUUUUGUUAUGAAGUGAGGGUAAAUGGUGAAUUCUUAAGCAGUGGAUUCCAAAUGUUGGACGUUUUGAUAGGGGAAUGUGUUAGGUUUUGUGUGUAUUUGUUUGUGCCCAGCAUCUGACGAGACCAAGAGGAAGAUGUACAGCUCCAUCCUGGUGGUGGGGGGAGGCCUGCUGUUCCACAGGGCCCAGGAGUUCCUGCAGCACCGCAUCCUCAACAAGAUGCCCCCCUCCUUCCGCAGGGUGGUGGAGAGCGUGGAGGUCAUCACACGACCCAAGGUACACUGGCUUCUACGUAUACUGGUUUUAGCACAGUGGACUAACAUGGUCUUGAGGCAUGCAGAAGAGCCAGGUUUGAUAUCUAGUCUAACACAGUGGGUAUAAAAUGCAUCUUGCAGGAGUUUGUGUGUCGCUCUAAGCAGAGGUGUUUAAUGGCUGUGUUUUCCAGGACAUGGACCCUCGCCUGAUCUCGUGGAAGGGGGGAGCGGUGCUUGCCUGCCUGGACACCACCCAGGAGAUGUGGAUCCACCAGAGGGAGUGGCAGCGCUUUGGGGUGCGCAUGCUGAGGGAGAGGGCUGCGUUUGUCUGGUAAACCACCCCAGAGACUACACCCCACUGGAACCAAGGGAGCACAGAGGGAGAAGCCCAUUAUCUUAGACAGUAGAACACUGGCACAUGUAACACUCACAGAGAAAGACAUUGCCAGACACACAAGAUAAGGCAAAUACUUAACCUGGGAAAUGACCCUCGUAGGCUUCAAACAUCUCUCCCUUGGUACCUUAUAUUGUGUAGUGUAAAGUGUACAGCAUGUCUUUUUGACAGUUUAACUGGUGCCUAUGUGGUAGAGAAGGAUUAAAUCUGUUGUUUUGUUCCCAGUUUCUUCUGGCAUUGUGGAUUUUUAUUUUUAUUAAAGCCCUACAUAUUUCUUGAAAAA